CGGGCGGCGGCGAGCAUGGAGCGCGAGCUGGAGGCGCUGGCGGCCCGGCCCGCGCGCCCGGCCGAGCCGCCCUUCCAGGCGCUGGUGGAGGCGGCGGGCGGCCGCGGGCAGGUGCUGCUGGUGGGCGAGCUGUGGGAGCGCGAGCAGAGCCGCGCGCAGCUGCGGGACUUCGCCCGGGCGCUGUUCCCGGCCGAGCCAGGCGCGGGCAAGCCGGGGGGCGCGGCGGCCGAGGGCGCGGGGCCCGGGGCGCCGGGGGCGCAGGGGUCGCCCGGGACGGCGGAGGCGCGCGCCAUCCGCUCGCCGCUCGUCUUCGUGCUGUGCCGCGCCGCGUCGCUGGCCGCCCGGGAGCCGCGGCGCCGCCUGCGGGAGAUGCUGCGGGACGUGCGCGGCCGGCGGCGGGCCGGCGCGGCGCUGGUCGGGGUGCUGGUGGCCGAGGCCGGGCCCGAGGACGCGGUGGCGCCGGGCUUGCGGCUGCUGGAGGCGCUGCUGCGCGCCGUGUUCGGCCGCCAGGUGGGGGGCCCGGUGCAGGCGGCCGCCUACUGCCCCGGCCACCCCGCCUCCUGCCUGGCCGUCCAGGCGGCCGCCUGCAGGGCCCUGCAAGCCGCCGGGCCCGCGCGACCAGCGGAAGGAGCCUGGGGGAGACCGGGCCUCCCGGCACUGCUGGCCUGCUUUUCCUGGGGUCCUCGGAGCCGGGGGAAGGACCUAGAUGCCACCUCCCCCAGUGGCCCAGCUCAGGAUAGCUCCCAGGACCCUGAGGAGGAGGUGGCGCUGACAGCCAUAUUUCCCAACGGAGACUGUGAGGAUCCUGAAAAGGGCUCAAGAGCCUGUGAUGGAGCUGUCCACACUCCCGCUGAGACUGCCGGAGACUCAAGAUGAAGGCUGGACCCCUGGGCUGCCCUGGCUCUAACCUACAGACUAGGGGCUGGCUCCUUCUCACUGAGCCCCCAUGCCUCCAUGUUGACCUUGGGAUGAUGGUAGCUACAAAGGCCCCACCUGCCAGGGGCCUGCCACACUGACAGUUACCAGCUAGGCAGAGGAUGUACUAAGCUAAAUAUGACCUAGAAAAACGGAUCCUCUGGGAAUCCGUCCCCCGCCUCGCAUUUGCUCACUCUCUGGUCAUAGCGAGGUUAUUUUUUCUCUCUGUGCCUCGAUUUCUCUAUGCCGUUGAAACAGACAGCUGUCUACUUGGGCCUCUGUGGUGCUAUGGCAUCUUGUGGUUGUUUGCAUGAGCAUCCAUCAUUUCAAGUGCAGCUGGAAAGAACUCUGGACGAGAAGUCGUCAGAUGUGGGAGUGGUGGCCUUGGAUCUGUCACUCAACCUUUGGGGCUUUUGUUUCUCAAACUCAUGAGGGCACUACCAGCCCAGUGGCUCUCCACCGGAGGCCAGGCUGCCCUUCCAGGCAGCACUGGAAACGUGUGUGUGUGUGGGGGGGGUCACUGUGACUGUGGGGCGCCCCUGGCAUUUAGUGGCAUCUCACAGUGUAUAGGACAAUCUCCAACAGCACAGAGUUGUUCCACUGAAACUGCCAAUCUUGGCACCUUUGAAAAACUCUGGAUGAGCCACUCUCUUCUCCCUGUCAAAUUCUAAGAAGAGACCCCCCAGAGCAGAGAGGGUUGGGCUUCCUGGGACCUCAGCUCCCAGAGCAAGCCAGAAUAAAGAAUGCACUGCCACUCUGGAGGCCUGUGGGGUCAGAGCCAAGAAGGUCUGUAUGCUGCAGACCCAGGACAGAAAUAGCUUUGCACGCCCGUGAGAAGAAAGGGCCCUUUCUUCCUUGUGUUGACAGUGAUUUUCUGUGCCAAGCCCUUUGGAAAUAAGGAUGCUGGCAACUGCCUACAGCACCAAACAGAGGGAAAGUUAGGGGUGUUACAAGGGCAUAGGACCUUCUCUCAAUAUCAGGUCCUAAUCCAAGGUCUAAGCAGACCCAGUCCAGAGGUGGCGGGUUCCUGAAUCCUUUUUUCUCUGUCUGUGAGUCAGACAGGGUCUAUGAUGAUCCCUUAAAAGCCAGGAAGGCCAUCUGUUCACUUGUAGAGGGAACCCUGCAUUACCUCCCUUGUCUUCCUCCCCUGUCCCUGGAGAAAUCCAGUCUUUGGAAUGGUGAGGACAGCUCCUGAUUUUCCCUGGUGGGAAGCACCAUCUACGGGAAGUAGCUAAAUUCAUUCAUUCGUGCAUGAUUCACUCAGCGGACAUGCAGUUGUGCCUACUAUUUGCCCAGUGCUCUGCAAGGUGCUGCAUAACUUCAUUCGUUAUUUCAGCUCUCUCUAUGAUGAUGCUAAAAGGGGGAAUGGGAAACCUGUGGCUGAGGGGCUCCAGAAUGUUAAGGAGGAGCCGCCCCUGCUCUCUGCCUCAAUUUCUUCUCUGUAAUAGGGAACCUAAUCCCUCUUAGUGUGAGGACAGGUAGGAUGGCAUCUUGUUUGGGGUUGGUUGGCAGCAGGUGUCAUUUUAAUAAUGCAGGGCAGUCUCACCAAUAGAAGGACCCAGCUGACCUCCUUCUGCACAAGAAUGAACUCAAUGAAUUACUGGUGGUUUUGUUUUAAAAUGGGGAGACUGGUGUCUUUGAAGCUGCUAUAUUUUUCUAUUUCUCCAUUAAUUUCUUUGUAGUAAUUUGGUUUGAGUUUUAUUAUUUCAUGGGGGGAGGGAGCUUUUUUAAGUUAGGAAAUGGUCUAAGGCAGAAGUUACGAGGCAGCAGCCUCUGCUGUGCUUAAAGACGUUGGAGUUCAUGGCCAAUGUUUGAAACUUGGGAGAUUGCACAGAAAAAAACCUAGUUUUCAGGGUGGAGGAUGGAAUAAGCCAUGGUCUCCAUUUUGCUUAAAUUCCACCCCAACGCACUUGACCCCCUCUUCCACCCACCCACCCACCUCUCUACUGUACUUCACUCAUAUAUGCCGUGGUCCCAGUCCCAGUGGGCAUCUGCGUUUGCAAGCCUCUGGUGUAAAGGGUGGUUUACUUGUUAUUUUUUCAUUACCUUCAGUAUUUCCUGUGAAUAGUGGAAGAGAGAAGGUCUGUCUUUACUGCAAUGUGGGUUCUGCCUUCCAGCUGAUGAACAUGGGACAUGAGAUCCUUCCAGGCCCAUCUUGGCUUCCUUGAGACGUGGCUAAGAUAAGCAGCAUCCUUUUAGGAACAGUCUAGUUGCUGUAUUCUAGCAGAUGGAUGAGUUAGGUGCUGGAAGAGACGACCUUGGUGGCGGGUCUCCUCCCCAAAGACUCUUACAAGGCACGAAGAUUGGGGUGGGCCUGGCUGAGGGCGGAGGCCCCGGGUUAGGUCAGUGGUACAGGAGCCAUUGGGGAGGUGGAGGGCCCUCCAGUCAGGUCACAGUCUGGGCUCUUGGGUACUAAUCUUUCUAAUAUGGCGGUAGUUGUGAUGCUUCUGACUUGAAUUGAUCAUUCCUUUUACCUAAUAAAACCAAACAGUACCUCACUGCUGUCUAAU